CUUUGCAGAGAGUCACACAGAACUGCGGUACCGAGCGCAUCUUUCCUAAUGUAAGAUACGCUUGAUUGGAUUUCUAAAAAAAAACUUCCAGAUCGUUUUUUAAUAGUCUUAGCUAUUGAUGGAUAUUUCAGCUGACAAAAACACUAGCUUUAUCAGUGGCUACGUUUACAUUUUAAAACGUAAUUGAAGACAUCAAACGCGCGCAAAAUGCUAUAUUAUUUCAUGUCUAUUCACUCAGUCUGUCUUUACAUUUUUUUUAUUCCAUUAUCUUCUGGUGAGAUGUUUACGUCAUUAUUGAACGUCAGACAAGCCAUCAGUAUUGAAAGACAACUUAUUGAUCUUUUAGAAACUUACAUUGAACACGAAUCUGAGAGACUUGAAGAUAUCAAAAGGUUUUAUGCAAAAGUGUCAGACUUGCACAGUGAGGUGUACAGUGGACCAUCUGCUUCUAUGGCAAACCCCUUGGUGGCAUUCACUCUUAUCAAGCGCUUGCAGUCAGAGUGGGUGAAUCUGGUCUAUAGUAAUGAAGCCCAAGAGAACACACAAGCCCUUAGGUCUGGUUACGAGGAGGUGGAGGAGGAGGAGGGCUACUUUCCCAAACUAGAAGACCUUCAAGGGGCUGCCAAAGGGCUUAUGAGGCUUCAGGAUGUGUAUUCCCUUCAAGUGGGGUCACUCGUGAGAGGUCAAUUCAAGAGGAUCAACAAUGGCAACCUUAUUGAUAUCUACAGUCCAAUAAUAUCUAUUCCUCUUUCUGGGGAUGAUUGCUUCUUGGUUGGGAAGGUGGCCUAUGAGCAGGAGGACUACUACCACUCAGUACAGUGGCUGGAGGAAUCUGUACGUCUUUUCAGAGGGGCCGGCGGAGAAUGGAGCCCGGAGAAUGAGGGAACCCUGGAAGAUGCUCUAGAUCACCUGGCCUUCUCUCACUUCAAGACAGGAAACGUCUCCUAUGCUCUAAGUCUCUCUCAGGAGUUGUUGAACUAUGAUCCAAUGAACAGGAGAGUUUCGAAGAAUAUAGAAAUGUAUGAGAGACUGCUUGUUGAAUAUCCACCUUUACCGAGUGCACACACUGAAUUGAAGAGGCCAAAAACAACCUAUUUACGGACCAGGAACACCUAUGAGAGACUCUGUCAGACACAGGGAACUCAGCCGCGUCAUUAUGAAAACCCCCGGCUCUUCUGUGACUAUUUUACCAAUGACAGUCCCGGGCUGCUGCUCCAGCCAAUCAGGCGCGAGGUGCUGAGCCUGCAGCCGUACGUUGUCCUGUACCACAGAUUCAUCAGUGACUCAGAGGCCAAGAGCAUCCAGGACGUUGCCCAGACAGGGUUAAGGAGAUCUGUGGUGGCGUCAGGAGAGAAACAGGCCACUGCAGAGUAUCGCAUCAGCAAAAGUGCAUGGCUGAAGGAGACGGCACACCCUAUAAUUGGGAGGCUGGAUCAGCGAAUCACCAUGCUCACAGGUCUCAAUGUGCAGCCUCCCUAUGCAGAGUACCUCCAGGUGGUGAACUAUGGGAUUGGAGGACACUAUGAACCCCAUUUUGACCAUGCAACGUCAGCCUCAAGCCCCCUGUUUAGGCUCAACACUGGGAAUCGAGUGGCAACCUUCAUGAUAUAUCUCAGCUCAGUGGACGCAGGUGGAUCCACAGCCUUCAUCCAUGCUAACUUCAGUGUUCCUGUUGUGGAGAAUGCUGCCCUCUUCUGGUGGAACCUCCAUAAGAAUGGACAAGGAGAUGGGGACACCCUGCAUGCUGGCUGCCCUGUCCUUGUUGGGGACAAAUGGGUGGCUAACAAGUGGAUCCAUGAGUAUGGCCAGGAGUUCCAGAGACGCUGCAGCCCCAAUCCGGAGGAGUGACAGGGGAGAAAGCUGCAGCUGGGACCGCUUGGAGUACAAGAGCCAGCCUCCACAAUGGAGCCGCACACACCGCGCAGUUAGAGAGAGGGAGGGGGGGAGCAAGAGGAGUCAUGGAGGGCAUGAUCAAGAGCGAGGGACUGGGGGAGGGGAAGGCAGACAAGGAGCAGUCUGCAUCUACGAUUGGACCUCCAGGCCCAAGGGAAUCGGGAGCACGGACACUGCUGGAGGGGGGCUGCAAUGGCGGAGGCUGAGUUGGUUUUGGGAAGGAGGUGGGCUUUUGGCAGUCAGCCCCAAAAGCAGAACAGCCUUUUGCUCCUAUUCCCCAGUAAGUCCCUGCAGUAGUAAUAGAGAGAGAGAGAGAGAGAGCCUCUAACCUCACACACUGGGCUGGUUUCAGUUAACUUUGCUAGGCUGUUUGCCUCCACUGUCAGUUUGUUUGAGAAAAAAACCCUAUAAGGCAGCCUUUUGAAAACUGAUGCACUGAAUCUGGCAGGAUACUCCUCACUCAUGGACUGUUAUCAUUAGCACAGUACUGAUCUUUAUCAGGACAUUUUGUUUCAGUAUUCUAUAUCUGUAUCCCAUUCACACCUGAAGAAUGUAGUUAAGAGUUGCAUUGGGAUUCAGAGAAAUACGUUUAUCGUGACUCUUGCAUUCAUUCUCAGUCCAGGAAACCAAAGAGGAUGAGGUAGUCAUCUUUCCGAUGAGGACAUUUGGUGUUUUCUCCAUUACUCAUCUACUUGUAGCAAGUUGGGUGGUGUGAGUCAAACCUCUUUAGCUUUCUUACACCACCACAUGGAUCUUUCAUUUGUCAUGGACUGGAACCCGUCUACAAAUCCUGGAUGUCUACUAUAGCUGCAUACCACCCAUACUAAAUAUGCGCCUGUAUGUAGGUCAGAACUCAUUUGAAAAUGAAAUGCCUGCCAGCUUUCACACCUAGUGUGAGGAGAGGCUGAGCAGUGAAAUGUGCUGUAGGAGCUGGAGGCUCCAAGGGGCUUCUCUGGGAGUAUCUUUGGGCAAGCUGCUGCCUUUUGAGUGACAGGGAGUGUUCAGACCGGGAGAAAGAUUCAACAGGAAUAAUGUCUCUGCCUGGCGGGAUAUAAGGACGUUUUUCCUCCAAUGCACAACCCCCCUCCAACCCUCCCCUUUUUAGACACUCAGCCCAUAUACUACAGGAAUGCUGCACGCUGCCAGCUGCAUUCCUAAACAGUAGACCCUGAUUGUUACCCCUUGAAGUGGAUGGACAGACAGCCCCUGUUUCAAAUACAUCAUGGAUGGAUGUUAUGCCUUUGUAGUUUCUGCAGCCAUGAUAAUUAGAAUUCUCAAGCAUGUUUUUAAAAUAAAGAUUUUUUUUGAAGGCCUGUUGUUCAGUUGUUGACCUUAAAUCAAGCAAUGGCUGCAAAUAAAUUGUUAUAAAGCAGGUGUUUUGAAUUCUAAAUGCUGAUAGGAUGAAAGUUGUGGUAUACAGUGGG